AUGUCGGUGUCUCUCUCCACUCACCCGGCAGUGAGAGACAGGAGUCUUCCGCUCUAUCCGUCUCUCCCUGGCGCGCACUACUCGGACGUCCUAAAGAGCGCGCACGGCAUCUUCCAUCCGCUCAAGUCUCUGGGCCGCAUGGUGACCGACACACAAACAAUCAUGCCGUUUAAUUUUACAGGGACUCCGCCUUUUUUCAGCCACAACAGCCAUCAGACUGCGGUAUUCCAUGAACAAAUCAUCAAUAUGUCCAGCAUGCCGUAUUUUCAGCAUGUCCAGCCUUCACAAACCGCGUUCUCCAAACAUGAGGAUCGCAGCACUGGCUCAUUGUCAAUGUUCAGCAGUCCGUCCAGUGAAAAGUCUUCCUCGGUUUCAUCUUCACCGUCUAAGGACAGUUUCAUUUACCUGCAGGCCACAGAUCUACUACCUGAACACCCUCGCACCUACAGUUUUACAGAGGAAGACCUCUUCACGGUCCUGUAUGGAUAUUCCAAAAACCAGGGUCAAAGUUUUGGGCACGCGAUCUCUGGAUUAUCAUUUCCUCCCAGUACAGCUGGUCGAAAUCCUCUUCCCACUGAUGCUGAGGCGCAUGAGCUCCCAGAAGGGUUAUCGAUUCUCCAAACGAAUUGUGGAAGCCUUUCCCAUUACGGUGUAUUUGCUGAUAAAAGCAUAAUCCCAAAAGGCACAAGGUUUGGACCAUUUCAGGGGAAACUAGUGAACACGAGUGAGAUCAAAACCUACGAUGACAACACGCUAAUGUGGGAGAUUUUUGAGAAUGGGCGCUUGAGUCACUUUGUGGAUGGAAGAGGCGCUCCAGGGAAUUGGAUGUCCUUGGUGAAGUGUGCGCGCUUUCCAGAAGAGCAGAACCUGAUUGCUGUGCAAACUGAAGGACAGAUAUACUACGAGGCCUGCAAAGAGAUCCAACCCGGUCAGGAACUGCUGGUGUGGUACGGAGACUGUUAUAUGCAGUUUUUGGGCAUUCCCCUCACCCUCAAAGUGUUUAUUGAUGAUAACGAGCCGCUCUCAACUGAAGAUUCCGGAGAAGGUUUCAAGUGUGAUCGCUGUGGUAAAGUCUUCGCUUAUAAGUACUACAGGGACAAACACUUGAAAUACACGCGCUGCGUGGAUCAGGGCGACAGGAAAUUUCCCUGCCACCUCUGCAACAGGUCUUUCGAGAAGAGAGACCGUCUCCGAAUUCACAUUCUCCACGUACACGAGAAACACAGACCACAUAAGUGCUCCGUAUGCGGCAAAAGUUUCUCGCAGUCCUCCAGUUUGAACAAACACAUGCGCGUGCACUCAGGAGAGCGGCCUUACAAAUGUGUUUACUGUAACAAGGCUUUCACGGCGUCCAGCAUUCUCCGCACACACAUCAGGCAGCACUCCGGUGAGCGGCCGUUCAAGUGUAAACACUGCGGGAAAGCGUUCGCAUCUCACGCUGCCCACGACAGCCACGUCCGGCGAACACACACCAAAGACAAACCCUUCUCCUGUGAUGUGUGUGGCAUUACUUUCCAAGACGCCCAAGAGCUGAAACAUCACACGAAGACCCAUAAAAAGCGGCCAGUUUUGGAAAACACUGUUCUUCCUGGAGACGAGAACAAGUUUUUCCCCACGGCUAAAGAUCCUUCACACCCACAGAAACAAAUUAUUGAUCCUUUCUCUUUUUCCGGAAUGACCACCAUCUCCUCCGAGUACAGACCCUGGAAUUAA